CUCCUUUCUUUUUCUUUCCCUUUGAGGGAGCGAGCUGGAAUGCCCGGCGAUGGAUGAUCGAUCGAGAUGAUGGACCGAAAUAAGCGCAAGUUCUUCCUUGGAGCGAGGAUCGAAUGCUCCCAUUGCGAUUCUCAGGUGGGACAAAUGGAAGAAUUCUUUGUUCCAUUUGUUUCGUUCCUCGAGGCGGUUUGUUUGUAGCGUGAAGCACGGCAAUUGUGGAGGUAGCGGAGAUCCAAGACACUCAAAUCAAGGAUCAAUCCAACAGAGAGGAAGAGCUCGACUCGUGUGCACAGAGAACAAGACAAGCACCGUACUUGUUCCGUGCGAGCUGGCCAAAACUCGUUUUUGAGCCGCUCACUCACAUCACUCACAGGCAUCCUGACUAUUUAGUCCCAUUGGGCCCUCCUUGAAAGAGCACAGCAUCAUCAAGGAGGAGAAAAAAAAAGAGGAAAAACAGUGAGAGGGAUUCUCACUGCUGCGGAGAACUCACAGAUAAGUAGCUCAUCAUCAACUGCUCAUAUCGAUCUCCGAUGGGUUUCCAGUUCUCGGCCGUUUUCGACAUCAUGUGGAAUCAUCCACUGGUGUGCGGAUCCAUUUUGUUGCUGCUCACGCCCUCGCUGUUCCACAUCCUGCUCUACUUCUCGCCGCUGCUCAUUUCCACCACUUUGUUCAUCAUCGCGCUCAUCAGCAUGAAGCCGAGGUUGGAGGAGACCACGGAGGAGCGCGAGCGAUGGGCCAAGGGGGAGAAGUCCAUUCCCAGCGUCAUGGACGAGAGCUGGCCGUAUGGAGACUGGAGCCAGGCGAGCAACGAGGCCGUGGCUGUGAAGCGGAGACGAUCGGAGGUGGAUGGCUCCGGCCCGACCUGGAUGGAAGUGAUUGAGGAGUGGAAGAUCAAGCUUGCUUCCUGGGUGGACGAAGUUUUCAAGGCCGGAGAACUUAAGCCUCUUGCUGGAGAACCGGUAGCUCCUCCGGCCGAGAGCAAGAAGAAGAGUGGAGAAGAAGAUGGUGUUACGCCCUCGACUGUUCGUGAUCAUCCUCCAGUGGCUUUUGCCGGGUCGAAGCUCGAGGAGUCGGCUCCACCGAAAACUCUGGAAGAGGUCAGCAGUAGAACUCUGGUAGAAAUAGUGGAAGAGGUAGAGGAAAAGCCGGUUUUGGUCGCUCCAGAGUCGAAAGUUCUCGAGGUUGCUCCGAUCGAGGUGAAGGAGAUCGAUAUGCCAGAGUUAGAGACAGUGGAGGCGCCUCUUCUAGAACAAGUUAGCGUUGCUGGCCCGGAGAAAAUUCCAGCGAAAAGCGGACCGAUCUGGGACGAAGAAGCUCCAGCGACUCCACCUCCGGCGGCCGAGUCCUCUCCUCCGGUUCCAUUCUCAGACGAUGAGUUGCUCGAGGUCUCGCUGCACGAUCCGGUCCAGGAAACCGUCCGUGAAGAUCUUGAGGAGAUCCUUCCAGUGAAAGAUCUCGUCAAAACCGAGGAGCCACCGAAGAAGAAUCCCGAGGAAAUUCUUCCAGCCAAAGAGAUCAACCGAGCUUUCAAGUCAUCGCCAGUUUCCAAGGAGCCGACUACCACCUCUCCGGCAGCCUCGGCCCGGGACGUCCACCGGCGAAUUCUCAAAGAUCUUCACACGCAGCUCGACGAGCUCCAAUCCAAGCGGCGCGCCAAGUACACUCAGGUUCUCUCGAGGAGAACAUCCACGAAGAACACAACCGGGCUCUAGAAAAACUACACUACACCAAAGAAAUCAAGAGAGAGGAGAAAUCCAAGGACAAGGUACAAGAGGUCAACAAAGACAAAACGAACAACGAAGAUCUUUGUGAAUCUGACCGCUACAUUGUAUAAAAACAAAAAAACCUCCAGUUUAGUUCUAAUCACGCUUUAACCUGUGAUGAGAGCGCCCGCCCGUUUAACCC